AUGUUUCAACGUAUUUCCAAUAAACUUCAUUCCCAACAGCAACAUUCAUUCCAACUCACUCAGUGCCCAACCAUGAAAACAGGAAUCUACUUCUCAAACUGGUCAGUUUACUCCCGCAACCAUUUCCUCACCUCCAUCCCCCUCCAGAACUACACCCAUCUCUUUUACGCUUUCUUCCUCCCCUCAGCCACUACGGGACAUAUCCAAUCCAACGACGCUUGGGCAGACUUUCAACUCCCACUACCUGACCCCACCAAUCCCAAUGGUGCCAAAGUAACAGGAAACUUGCAACAAUUGUACAAAUUGAAGAAAUUACAUCGUGGACUUAAGACAAUCUUAUCUAUAGGAGGCUGGGGCACUGCGCAUUUAUUCGAAGCCGUAGUCGCCAAUACUGAACGAUUGAACAAUUUUAUUAAUAGUAUAGUUGACCAUAUCGCCGAAUAUGGAUUUGAUGGAGUGGAUCUAGAUUGGGAAUAUCCGUCCACCCCUCAUCAGGGAAAACAAUUUGUCCAACUCGUUCAUGCAUUACGAAAAGCCCUUCCACCGCAAUAUUCAAUCUCAAUAGCUGCCCCAGCGGGUGGGGAUAAGAUUAAAAACUUUGACUUGAGGACCAUGGAUCAGGUUAUCGAUUUUUGGAAUGUCAUGUGUUAUGAUUUCGCCGGCGAGGGUUGGUCCCGACAUACGGGGUUUCAUUCGAAUCUAUUCGGAAAUAAUGGAGAUAACGACCUAUGUUCAUCCGGCGUGAUUCAGAAAUAUCUAGAUGCCGGAAUAUGUUCGGAUAAAUUAAUAUUAGGUAUGCCAAUGUAUGGUCGUGUCUUUCAUGGGGCUAAAGCAGGAGGAAUUGGGGCUGGGUUUGAUAAAUCCCAUCAUGGACAUUGUGUGGAGGAAGAUAUUGUUGACUAUAAGAAAUUACCUAUUGGACAAGAAUCGGUUGAUUUACGAAAAGUUGGUGCUGUGAGUUAUGAUGUCAAGAUGAGACAGGUGAUUACGUAUGAUAAUGUCCAGUGUGUGAGGAUUAAGGCGAAUUAUAUCUUGCUGAAUCGAUUAGGUGGGGGAAUGUGGUGGGAUUCUGCUGGGGAUGAUGAAUGUGAAGAAAGAAGUUUGGUGGGUAAUUUUGUCGAUCAGAUUGGAGGGGUGGAGAAGUUGGAUCGGAAGGAGAAUAUUAUUUCAUACCCUGGUAGUAACUACUUGAAAGGACUUUAG